GACAUUAAAAUUUUGAUUCGAAAGAUUAAAAUACACGUAUUCGGAUGCAGCUCGUCGAGCUCUAUCCAGCUAUAUAUAAAUAUCGAAAAAAUAAAAAGUGCUUGUCUUUUGAAUUUCCUUAACCUUAAUAUAAGUCAAUACAAAGAGUUCUUGAAUUUAGCACAUUCUCGUUUGUGUUAGUCUUGUGUAUAACUUGUAUAUUAACUAUUAUUAGUCCUACUAUGAAAGCUCACCAUGCCUGUCACGUCAACAACCACCAGUGGUGGUCCACCACUUCUUAUAUUUUGCUGUCGAGUAAAUUGAAAAGUGAGCACAACUGUUAUAUUUGAAAAACAAACCCAAACCCUCUCUUUCAUUUCGAAUAAAAUGUAUCAGUUCUGUUGUACUUUAAAUGCUAUCACUCAGUUCUCAUAUUUAUUCAGUCUGCGACCAUAUGCAGUGGGAGUGUGGAAACCUUUGUCUACACACGUUUCCAUUAAAAAAGUCGAUCUGUCGUUGGUUUGGCGUAUAAAAAAGCCGCAUCCGAGAGUGUUUAUUGGCGUGAUAUGCCGUGUGUCUACAGCGAUCUAAUCACACAUAGUUAUACAUAGUUCGAACUAGACCUUUCACUCUGUCUAUUCCCAGGUCCACUGUCACGCGUCAUUUGUGGCGCGAUCCUGUUUUAGGUACGGGAACAAGUCAAGAAAAACCUUUUUUAGCUAAUACAACAAAUAACGAGACAACUAGAGUUUUAGGUAGAAGUUUACCGUCUGCUCAAGGUGAUUUUGGUACGGAUUUAGCUGAUACAUCAGGUCAUGAUGUAUUGGUGGGGAAAGCACCGGCUUCAGCAAGUAAUCCGAAUGUUGAAGCCAAUACUGAAUGUGAAUUUGACGAAACUAGUGCGCAAAAUCUUGGAUCAGCUGGUUCUCGACAUAGUAGUAUACGUAAGCGAGCAGCAGACUUAUCUUAG